UCUGCUAUUUAUACCCCCCAUUGAAAUCUUCAUCUCUGCACAGUCAGUCAAAACAGACGGUGCGCGGUUCAAGGAUCCAUCUCCAAUUUUCUUGCUCUAUCUCAGUCCCUUCAUUCCUCAACUAACUAACUCCUCUCUAACAUUUCCUGACCUUAAUUUCUUUCCCUCUCCAUCCAAACAAAACAUGAACUCAUCCACCCCAUUAAGACCAACACUCCCCAGUUUCUGUCCCUCUCUUCCCCCCUGCUCCUUCUUCUUCACUCACUCCUCAAACCCUAAAUCGCAACGAAAUGAGAGGAAUCUCGCGUUGAAGUCAAUCAAAUGCGUCCAUAGUGGUUUUGGUUCGUAUGCUCCUUGCAAAUCAAGCAUUCGAAACCCUUCCGCGCUGUCAUCUUGCUUGACGGAGGCUCCAGCUCUGGUUCGGACCUCUGACACGGUUGCGGAUAAGAUGCAACGGCUGGUUUUGGAAUUCAAGUCUCUGUCGGAGCCCAUAGACCGCGUGAAGAGGCUUUUACACUACGCAGCGAACCUGCCGCCGUGCAGCGAGUCGGCUCGGCAGCCGGAGAGCCGGGUCCCGGGCUGCACGACUCAGGUGUGGCUGGAGGCCGAGCUGGACGAGCUGAGGCGAAUGAGGUUCCGAGCCGAUAGCGACUCGGAGAUCUCGAAAGGGUUCUGCUCGUGCCUGAUCUGGAUGCUCGACGGCGCCGAGCCGAGGGAGGUCUUGGAAAUAAAGGCCAAGGAUUUGGAGGAUGUGAACGUGGGACUGUAUGGAAAGGCCAAUUCCAGAGUGAACACGUGGCAAAAUGUGUUGUUGGCGAUGCAGAGGAAGACUCAGGCUUUGGUUACGGCGGCGGAGAGAUAGGAGCGGCCGAAUAUGGAGGUUCUGCCUGCUCUGUUUGUUGACUUGUUGUGUCUACCAAUGAGGUUAGCGGUUAAGCUAUAAAUUACUAUUAGGAAGUUUUAUAGCAGUCCGGAGUAUUAUAAGCGUUAAAUUCUUGCCAUUUGAUUUUGAGUUAAAACUCUCAAAGAUAUGGAAUGGGAUUGGCUCCGGUGUUAUGGGCAAGAUAGAUGUACAUUUGCUAUGCUUUACAGGAUUAGAUGCUGUGUUUGUGAUAUAAAAAUAGGAGAAUGGUGAAGUGGAAACCAUUAGUCAGGUAGAAUAGUGCUUUGUUGUACACAAAAGGAUAUUAUAUUAUGUGAUCAAGAUUAUUGUUGUAGAAGAAAAAGUGAUAUACUGAUGUAACAUCUAGUUACACUGGAGAAUAAGAGUUCAGAUCUCUAUCUAGCUUGAUUUCUGCAAAAUAUGUUGUGCAA